UGUUUUGAUACUCCUCAUUGGAAGAUUGUUGCCGGACCAAACCCACAUUGCAACCGCUAUAAAUCCCCUGCCGCGCCCCCUCCCAUGGAGUCGUUGCGCUCACUUCACGCGCCACACUAGAAGUCAGAAGCAGAGAGCGCAAGGCCGAAAAGCCAGAGAGCACUCGCGCACCACAGACACCGAUGGCAGCCAUCGAGGUCGUGGAGUCAGAGCUGGUCCCGCCGAGCGAGCCCACGCCGCGGGGCGCGCUCUGGCUGUCCAACCUCGACCUCGCCGCCAGGAACGGCUACACCCCGACGGUCUACUUCUUCCGCCACCCCGACGAGCAGACGCGGUCAGGCUUCUUCUCGGCCGACGUCCUCCACGCGGCGCUGGCCGCCGCGCUGGUCCCGUUCUACCCCUUCGCCGGCCGCCUAGCCGUCGGCCGCGACGGGCGCGCCGAGAUCGACUGCAACGCCGAGGGCGCGCUCUUCGUCGUCGCGCGGUCCGCGGCCGCGCUCGAGGACUUCGAGGGCUUCGCGCCGUCCAAGGCCAUGCGCGACAUGUUCGUGCCGGCGUACGAACCCGCCGGCGCCGGGACACCGCUGCUCCUGCUUCAGGUCACCUUCUUCCGGUGCGGCGGCGUGGCGCUGGGCACAGCGAUGCACCACUUCGUCAUGGACGGACGCAGCGCCUUCAAUUUCAUCCGGACGUGGGCCGGCAUAGCCCGCGGGGACGCCGGCGCCGCCGUGGUACCGUCCCUCGAUCGCACGCCGCUCCGGGCGCGCCCGCAGCCGACCGUCCUCUUCGACCACACCCACGAGUACGGUGGCGGUGGCCGCCGGACCGCCGCCGCAACAGCCGAGGCCGGCGGCGGCAGCAAGGCGGAGUACGCCAGCGCCAUCCUCCGCGUGACCGGCUCGCAGGCGGCGGCGCUCCGGGCCCGCGCGGGCGCGGUGUCCACCUUCCGCGCGCUGGUGGCGCACGUGUGGCGGUGCGCGUGCGCGGCGCGCGCGUUGGACCCUGAAACCGAGUCCCGCCUCUACACGAUGGUGGACAUGCGCGCCCGCCUGUCGCCGCCGCUGCCGGACGCUUUCUUCGGCAACGCGGUGGCGCGCACCUCGACGUCGGCGCGCGUCGGCGACCUGCUCGGCAACCCUCUGGGGUUCGGCGCGCGCCGUCUCCGCGCGGCGACGGGGCACGGGGACGAGUACGCGCGGUCGCUGGUGGAUUACCUGGAGACGGCGGACCUGGCGGCGCUGCCGCGCGGCGGGCUGCCCGGCACGGACCUGCGGGUGAUCAGCUGGCUUGGGAUGCCGUCGUACGACGCCGACUUCGGGUGGGGCGAGCCGGCACUGCUGGCGCCGGCGCUCAUGUACUACACGGGGUUCGUGUACCUGCUGAACAGCCCGGGGAAGGAGGGCGGCGUCGCGGUGGCCGCGGCGCUGGAGCCCGAGCGCAUGGAGCGGUUCAAGGAGCUCUUCUUCGAGGAGCUGGCCACGGUGGUGUGAGAGCGUGAGAUGAACGAUUCUUACGUACGUGUAUAAGUGUAUCGCACCCUUACACGUACUACUCACGAUGGUAGUAAUGAGCACAUGGAUCGUGUAGUUGUGCAGUUGUGCAUGUUCCAACGUGUACCCAUGAAACUGAAGCAGAUUAUUUAUACGCAUCCAUGCAAUGUGUGGACGCACAACACAACGCUCGGGGAGCGGAGCCAGAAAAUUCGUUAUUUUC